GGGUUAGAGAGUUGCCGGCUUCGGUUGAGCUCGGAGUUCCAGAGGCGCCGGCGGCCGGGGCCCGCGCUGGGACCAUGCGUGCGCCAGGGCUGCGGCCGCCGAGCCGCCGGCGGGAGCGGGAGGCAGCGGCCGCCUGAGCGCGCGCCCCACGCACCAUGGAGGAGCGGCUCCACAAGUGGCUGCUGCCGCCGCUGCUGCUGCUGCUGCUCUUCCUGCUGCUCGCCUACCAGUACGCGGCCCCCGGCGCCGCCUGCCCCCGCCGGCCUCCCUCCGCCGCCGCUGGGGCGCCGCCGUUCGCGCGGGCCGAGCUGUGCCGCCGGGUGCGCUUCGACAUGCGGGGCCGGGACGUGCUGGUCUUCCUGCACAUCCAGAAGACGGGCGGCACCACGUUCGGGCGGCACCUGGUGCGCAACAUGCGGCUGGAGCAGCCCUGCUCGUGUCGCGCCGGGCAGAAGAAGUGCAGCUGCCCGCGGCCCGGCGCCGACAAGGACACCUGGCUCUUCUCGCGCUUCUCCACGGGCUGGACGUGCGGGCUGCACGCCGACUGGACCGAGCUCACCAGCUGCGUGCCCGCCGCCAUGGAGCGCCGCGCCUGCCCCGCCAACCGCACCCGCAGGCACUCCUUUGACAGCUCCAAACUUUAGGCUACCAGUUCUUCCUUAGAUGAUUAUCAGUUUUCAGAAAGUCUUGGAAAACAACAUAUUUUCUAUGUAAGGUGUAAAGACUAGUUUCUGAACCAAAAGAUCUUAUCUGUUCUAUUCCAAAGUUGUAAUUAAAUAUUUAGAUAAGAACUGCAUGGGUGCAUAAAACUGUACUUUUGAGCUAUCUAACACAAACCUAUAUGAAUCAAUCCUCCCCACAAAAGAAUACAAGUUGCUGGUGGUAUGUAUCUUAUCACUGAGAAUUGCUGUUCUUUGUAGAUGAUGGUAAAUGUUGCUUCCAUACCACAUGAAAUUUGUUCAAGGACAAUGAAUGUGAGAGGUCCACGUAAGACUCCUGUCAGUCUGUGAUGAAUUGAUUGAAAUGUUUCAGUGUGUUUUGAUCAGUGGAAGAAGGUAGGGGAACCUAGUUAUGCUGCUUCCUGGGCUAUCUGUGUGCUGUUUCAGCUCUCAGGAUCUAUAGAUAAAUGCUACAUGGAACGCUAUAAUUGAAGACUACUAAUUUCUUGUUAAGUACACUCUAGAUUUUUCAGUGGCACCCUGAGCUAUGUUAAGUGGACCUACAGUCUACAUGGGGACACUCAGGAAAUUUAACCCAAGUAACUUUUAAAGUGAAAUACUACAAUUGGAUUGAAUCCCUGCAUGGCCUAUGUGAUUUAGAAUUAUAGUAGCCAUAGCCUACUUUAGUUAAUUCACUUCUAUAUUGAGUUAGAAAACCUAAAUUAAGGUCACUUUAAUUAUCAGCAGGGAUCCUGGUUUUCUCUGAUUUAAAAAAAAUGCCCAAGUUUUGGAUUAAAAAAAGUAACCCAAAAUCCACAUUUUUCCAUGAUCAUAUGAAAGACCACUAAUAUAUAUCUAUAGCUAUAUCUAUAUGUAGAUAUAUAGAUAUAUAUAGAUAUAUAUAUGCAUAUAUAAAUAGAGAGAGAGAGAACUAUUUAUAGAUAUAUAUAUAAAUAGAUAGAUGGAUAGAUAUCGCUAUAUCUAUAUAGAUCUCUCUGUCUAUAUACAGUACUGUAAUGAACAAUUAAAUCACCUUACUUAAGAGAACGCGGCCCCAGAGUGAACUCAGCCAGGCAGCAGCAUGGGACAGCAGCUCCUCAAGACCAUGUGAUACAGGCCAAUGAAACCCUUUCUGGAGGCAGCCAUGUUGGAAAAGGGAAAAUAGCUCUGCUGAGCUCAUGUUAUAAAGACACUUGAAACCCUCUCUGGAGGCAGCCAUCUUGGGGAAAGGGAGAGCCAUGAGAGAAGCCCAGCAGGUGAGGGAGAGCUUGGGCAUGGGUUCUGUCCUCAGAGUUUCCAGAGCCUGAAGAAAACGUGGGCUGUGCUGUGGGCUGGAGAGUUAGGAAGCCCAGCCACAGCACCUCUUUUGCUUCUUUUUCCCCUGGGAGCCCUGUCCAAGCUGCUUGGAGGAGCACCCGGCCCUUCUGGAGACUCCCCAGUGAAGAGGACUCUUCUCCAAGCCCCUGUGUGAUGGGAGGUGUACUAGAGGUGGGAGGGACUGGAGAGAGAUUGAUCCAGCUCACUGAGAGCUCUGGGUUGGAGGCAGAGCUAGGGGACCUUAGCCCUCCUCACACAGGGUAGGGCCCCUGUGAGAAAGAGUUAAGACCCAAGGGAGGGGGCAAACCGCGACUGCCUGGCAAGUGGGGGUGUGCAGGUGUGGGCAAGGGAUUACCAGAGCUCCAGCCCAGAGCCUGCUCACUGUGUGUCAGGGCAGGGUAAGCUAUCUGACAGGGAUUUCAGGAAGAGAGCACCUGCCUUCAGCACAGCAACCCCUGGGGCAUGCUUCGUGAGAUCCUCAGAGCAAGGACCUACCCAUGCUUCAUGCAGGAGGGGCACAGAAGCAGCUCCACCUUCCUGGGCAUCUGGUCCAGGCUACCUGUGUACACAUAUCAUUCGAGGCCAUCAUUGUGUACAACAUUAUUGACUGAGGGUGUGAAUAAGUUUCGGACAGUUCAUCAGUUGUAUAUUAAUUCGUUUCCUUGUCUUUAACCCUUUGUAAGUAAAGUGUACAUAGUUGUAAAUUGUUGGUGUCUAAUUGAAGGUCCAGGGAUACUAGGUGCCUUCCUUUGUGAGAAAUUUCCUUUACUCCAGGAUCCUGGGCAGUUCUAGUCUGUGGGCACCUCCAGGGAUCUGGAGUUGGGUUGGAGCUUUGUGGGUAGCCCCACAGCCAGGGUUACAGU